AUGCAUGGUAGAAGAUCCUUGCAUCCAAGGCUAGAAAAUCCUUUCAUUAUUUCAUUCAAAACUAAAAAUCCGAAAGAAAAAUUAAUUUUGAUAGAUCUUGAAGAAAGUACAAGUCAAACUGAGAAAAAUCUUAUGGCCAUGAAAAAUUAUUAUAUCCCUGAUUCAUUUCAAAGAGCAUCCAAUAUUAGAGUCCCAUUAGCACCCAAUGUUAAAUUCGAAAUAAAUCCAGGAAUUUUUCAAAUGCUCCCUAAUUUUCAUGGAUUGCCUUUAGAAGAACCUCAUCAGCACUUAGAAAAAUUUCAUAUAGUCUGUGAUUUAGUUAAUCUCCCUCAAGUUACACCGGAAAUUAUUAAGAUGAAAUUGUUCCCUCAUACACUUAGGGACAAAGCUAGCCAUUGGCUAUCCACAUUAGAUAGAGAAUUAACUAGCUGGAAAGACAUAGAAUAG